CUCUCGCUAUCACUUUUCACUCUGCCUCGACCACCUUGUCCGCCCCUCAUUCAUGGACAGCCGCACUAACAGAUAUCGUUGGCGCCUAGUACUCAUCCUCAUCAGCAGCAUACCAUGGCUGGCAACCCCCCCGAUUACGAAGAGAAUGGGCGCUUGUAUCACGGCUACCGAAAGGGCAUUUACAUGUUCCCAUGCGACGAGGAAGAGAAGGAUCGCAUGGAUAUCUUCCACCAGUUCUUCCUUGUAGCACGAGGCGUGCACUCCUCUGCACCAUACAGGAAGAACGACGAUCACAGGAUACUGGAUUUGGGCACUGGCACUGGGAUAUGGGCGAUUGACAUGGCUGACGCGUAUCCCCAUGCUGAGGUUAUGGGAUUCGACAUUUCACUGAUGCAGCCGCAAACCAUUCCCCCAAAUCUUCAGUUUAGGAGACGCGAUUUCGAAGCAACAUGGGGUGGCCUUCCUAUGGAUUCGUGGGACUUGAUACAUCUGCGGAUGCUGGCGGGCUCGAUAUCCAGUUACCAAAUACUAUACGCAAAUAUCUUUCGGCAUCUCAAGCCUGAUUUCGGCUAUAUAGAGCAUAUCGAGAUCGACUUCACUCCCAGAUGCGACAACGGGAGCCUUCCCCGCAAUGCCGCGUUAUAUGAGUGGGCGAACAACCUCAUGAGUGCGACGGAGCAGGCCUACAAGCCGAUGGCUUACAAUACCGAAACCAGGUCAAUGCUCCAGAAUACGGGAUUUGUUGAAAUCAAAGAACAAAUCAUCAAAAUACCUUUCAACCCCUGGCCGCAUGAUGCACACGAGAGGGAUAUCGGCAGGUGGUUUAACCUGGGCCUGUGCCAAGGGCUUGAGGCCUUCACUCUGGCUCCUAUGACUAGAAUCCUUAACUGGGAUCGGGGGCGUGUUGCAAGAUUGGUCGCGGACGUGAAGAGGGAGAUCUGCACGAAGAGGCAUGAGGUCUACUGCGAAAUGCACAUAUGGACAGCGCGCCGUCCCGCAUGAACCCCGCCAUCCCUCACAUAAUCAGCGCCUCGUCGCAUUCCACGGGCCAAGUGCCACAUUGCUGCGAGCAUCACCAAUACGAAACCAUCCUUAAUUUAUCGACCAGAGUGUCGAUGCGGCCUCAGCUUUGUGUCCCUCUGCGCCACUACAGACACCCCUCGAUUCUGGUAUCGACACCCACCUUCGAUACAGCCUCGGUUUGUGAGGACUGGAUUUUUAUUUAUCGACCAGACACGCCGGGAAUCAAUAAAUCGUCGGGCCUGUAGGCUCUGUGCUCUGUCGUAUUCGGCCCUUUAUGUCACUCAGCGCGAUCUGGAACAGCUUCACGCAAUUCCAAAGCGCACACAAGACUGAUCGUUGGGCUCGAGACGACCCAGCACUUAUGACCUAAAAUUCCGACACGGUCAAUCUAGCAGCAGACCAAGGUGACAUCACACGAAAAGUAAUAUGUUGUGCACCGCGAGAAUGUCUCAGCAAUCCGGCGUCCUGGGAUUGGGACACAGCAGGUCAGGUAACAAGGGUUCGAAAUAUUAUGUUUUUUUCAGAGCGAAAACAAGAGAUACCAAGCAGCAGUGGUGGAAUGUACGUGGGACGUGUUCGUGCAGCGAGGUGGGCGAGAUGUGACUUUUGACGGCAUAUACUUCAGGUUUGGGGGGUGGGCGGCGGGUUAUAUCCCUGGUGAUGGGCGGGAGACGCUCGGAUGGUGACCUGUCACAUCAGCCAUGACGCGGACGUCACCGGACUAGAAAGACCGACCGAUGAGAUGGGACUGUGGGAGGUAACACAAAGGGUCUGCACGGCGAUCUCACGCCUAAGGGCGAGGACAAAUAUUGGAAAAAUGACUGCGGGGAAGAGGAGUUGUAGUUAGUACGCGUGCAUGCAAUACGGGGCAAAAACGCAUUUGGGUAGCUAGGGUUUUCGGGCGGGUGUUCAAGAGAUGGAUGGUUAGAUUGUGAUGGAUUUUUUUAUAAGGAUCCUCCUUUCGUGAUAGUUCACUUCAGCGAGCGGUGGUUAGUUGAGUUAGAUUAGCUGGGUCUGGUUGCUGCGAUUGCCUUUGAAGCAAAGAAGUUUGGAGUUUCGCAUCUGGGAGAUACACAUGGCUGGGCAGCUUUCGAGUUGGGACAUUAUGGGACGGAAUGGGAGGAGGAUUAGACAACAAAUUCUAGAGGUAUAUGAAUAGAAUAGGCCAAUUAAUAGUCAAG